CAACAACAACUACAAAUCAGAAGAUAAGCCAACAAAAACCUUUUAUGUGAUCAAAUCAAGUACAGAAACCCCGACAAAAAUAAUGAAAUACCGAAUACAAUUUCCACUAAUUUCUUUACUUUUUAUUAUAAUUCUCACGAAUUUCCUUCAUAAAACACAUACAAAAUCUGUAAUAGAACCGUGUAGCUCUUCAGAUUCUUGCCUUUCUCUUCUCUCUUACAUUCUACCAUUUGAUACACAAAUUCCUGAAAUUGCCUUUCGUUUCAAAGUCAACAUUUCUGAUAUAUUAGCAGCAAACUCUAUUAACCCAACAGCACCAUCAAUAACUAACCUAAUUUUCCAUUCAAAAUCAUUUUUUAAAAUACCCAUUUCUUGUCCUUGUGUGGAUGGAAUCCGACGAUCCUUAUCAACUGCCUACAUUGUCCGAGCAGCCGACACCAUCGAUUCUAUAGCAGAAGGAUUUGGUGGUUUAGUUAGUGCAGAGCAAAUUAUAAGUACUAAUGAAAUAAAUGAGAAAAACCCAUUAGUGAAUGGGCAGCCAUUAGUGAUACCAUUGCCUUGUACUUGCUUCAAUAAUAGUAAUAAUGGUGUUGAGGCAGUUUAUAUGUCAUAUGUUGUGCAAAAAGGGGAGAGUUUGGAAAGAUUGGCAAUGGAGUUUGGAUCUACUGUUAGAGACUUGGAGACUGUUAAUGGACUUGUCCAAGAUUUGAUCGAUCCUGGUGAUAUUCUUGCAAUUCCAAUUCCAGCAUGUUCAUCUGCAAAUCUGGAAUGGAGAAAUGAGAGUUUAAUAGUUCCAAAUGGUUCUUAUGCUCUAACAGCCAACAAUUGCGUCAAAUGCAUUUGCUUGCCAAACAAUCUCAGCUUGCAGUGUUUAGCUUCUGGCGUUGGAACAAAAUGUUCUCAUUUACAGUGCAGAGGUUCUAAUCUUUUCAUAGGCCAAACAUAUAUUAAGCAUACUGAUACUUCUUGCAAUGUCAGUGCUUGCGUUUAUCGUGGCCAUUGUGGUGGCAAAAUUUACAAAAGUUUAGUAACUUCCUCUAAUGUCCUAUGCCCAGGAAAAGCAAUGUCGCCAUUGGCAUCUCCCUCAUUUAAUGAUCCUUUGGCGCCAUCUAUAGCAUUACCUCCAUUAAUAUCACCAUCUUCAGCUCCUUAUCCAACUCCUUGGAAUGAUAACAAUUUUAAUAUUUCUGGUGAUGGAUAUUUGCUCAUUAGUCAGGUGAAGCGGACUAGAUUCCAUUCUAGUGAUCGCAGGAUUGAAUCGUGGAGUCGGUCCAAUCUUAAGGAGGGCUUUUAAACAAUCGCUCUCCGGCCUAAAGGGGAUUAGUUUCUUAUCUAGCUGUUAGUUUUUUUUUAUUCAGCAUCUUUUUUUUUUUUUUUGGAAAGGAAGUAUCUAAUUUAUUGUUGCAGUAUAUUUCAAAGCUAAAUAUAUUUCGUACUUUUUGCAUUA